AUGUGCACCUUCAUUCGAAUGAUGAGAAUGAACAAUUUCGCCGUCACGUUGAUGCGUCAGCGCAAUGACAAUGAUGCAGCCAAAACGAUUCUCCGGACUCUCGAGCUGUUGCGAGAAACUGCAUCUGGCUUCAUUCCAUCCACGAGUGAGCUAGAAAGGUGGAGGUUGAUGGGGGAGGUCGUAUCUGUCGUGUUAAGUAACGCUUUCGUCAAUGAAUUAUGUGGCGCCGUUGACGGGGUCGAUAGCUCUACUCCAGCUUUCUACUCUCGGGCUAUGAUUUUUUCGGUGGAUUCGAGAAGAAUUGCAACACCAACAUCUGAGAAUCUUGCCACAAUUUCAAUGGUCCUUCUGUUCAAUGCAGCACUUGCUCUUCAGAGGGAUGGUUUACGUACUGGACAGAGUAGUGUUGUUCAACAAGCUCUUCCUGUUUAUAUGAAAAUAAUCGGUAUUCUUGGGCCAUUGGAUCUACACGGCUCACACAUUCCAGAUACCCUCAAAACAAUCAGCCUGGCAACAAGCGUCAACAUUGCUCACGUGCAUCUCGAGUUUUACAAUCGAUUAGAGGCAAAAAUUUGGCAGACCCAUUUUUCUGUUGCCUUUCAGUGCAUGGAAAGAUCGCACAUGAAUUUCGAUGACUUUGCGAUUUUUGCAAUGAACGCAUUCGUCUUCUCAAUAGAGGGAGGUGUUGGAUUUCUUACCGCCGCAGCUGCAUAA